AUGGCCGUGGCUUGCGCGUCGCUUGCGGGCGGGUGGGAGAUCGGCCCAGGGCUCGCGCUCGGGGCCCUGUUCACGGAGGCGGAGCUGGCGGUGGCGGACCAGCUCGUGCAGCUCAGCGGCAGCGGCGGAGGGGACGAGGCGGCGUCGGGGUCUGAGUCGGAGUCGCCGCGGUCCGUGAACACGUGCGCGGCCGCCGCGGCGUGGGAGGAUCGAGAGGAGGUGGUGGCCGGGGCCGGUCUCGGGCUCGGGACGAUGGAGCUGGACAGGAGGGCCAGGAAGAGGUACCGCCUCCUGUCGGACGUCUACGCCGCCACGUGGCCCGUGACCAGCGCCGACGCGGACGCGGGCAGCGCCAGGAAGAGGAAGCGGGGUCGCGAGACGGAGCCGGAGGCGGAGGCCAGGACGACGAUCAGGUACGACGGAGAUCAGUGCUUCUAG